GCGUCUCUCAGCCUCCUCAGCCUUCUUCUCCUCCUCCAACAACAACACCCUCACAAACAACAACACCCCCACACCCAUCAACAUGACUGGUCGCGGCAAAGGUGGCAAGGGUCUCGGAAAGGGUGGCGCCAAGCGUCACCGCAAGAUUCUUCGUGACAACAUCCAGGGUAUCACCAAGCCCGCUAUCCGCCGUCUCGCCCGCCGUGGUGGUGUCAAGCGUAUCUCGGCCAUGAUCUACGAGGAGACGCGCGGUGUCCUCAAGACGUUCCUCGAGGGCGUCAUCCGCGACGCCGUCACCUACACGGAGCACGCCAAGCGCAAGACCGUCACCUCCCUCGACGUUGUCUAUGCCCUCAAGCGACAAGGCCGCACCCUGUACGGUUUCGGUGGCUAGAUGUUUUUCCUUCACGCUUUUCAUGUUACGACUUCUGCCGGCUUCUUCAGUCCAUGGUCGGCUUCGGUGCUUGGUGGGAUGGUCACAGCCUUGUACAGUAUAGUAAGGCUCGGAGUUCACGGUUAUAUCAGUCGGUUCUGCUUUGCAUGGAAUGAUACCAUAAUAC